AUGGAGUUUGUGGCAGCGCUGCGCCUCUGCCUGUGGCUGGGGCUGGGGCUGGGGCUGGGACCGGGGCCAGGGCCGGGGCCGGGGCUGGGCCACCCGCAGCCCUGUCCCCGGGGUGCGCAGCUCGGGGGGCCGCUGCGCCUGGGCGCCCUCCUGCCCCGGGCGGCGGCCCUGCAGCGCCGCUUGCGGCGCGCCCUAGCCCGGGCUAUCUCGGAGGGCGCAUGGGGGCCUGAGCUGGGGCCGGAGCUGGGACUGGGGCUGGGGCUGGGGCCGGAGCCGGAGCCGGAGCUGGAGCUGGAGGCCCCCGCGCCCCCCUCCCGGGACCCUGCCUCGCUGGCCGCCUGGCUGUGCCGCCUACUGGCCCGGCCCGGGCUAGCUGCACUGUUGGCCUUCCCCGAGUCCCGGCCCGAGCUGCUGCAGCUUCACUUCCUGGCCGCCAGUCUGGAGACCCCCGUGCUGAGCCUGCUACAGUUGGACGCGCGCCUGCCGCCUGCCACGCCGAAUCCCUUCCACCUGCAGCUGGACUGGGCCAGUCCCAUGGAGACGCUGGUGGAUGUGCUUCUCUCUGUGCUUCGGGCCCAUGCCUGGAGGGACAUCGCCCUGGUCCUGUGUCGAAUCCGUGAUCCCGGCAGCUUCUUGGACUUCUGGACCCAGCGCACGGGGCUGGCCCCACGGAUAACCCUGGAACUGAGCCGGCUGCCUGGAACCCUGACGCGUCUGGAGGCUCUAGCUGGGGAGCCUCCCCCUGUCACAGCUGCUGUCUUAUUUGGCUGUGAUGCCAACCGUGCCCUCCAGGUGCUGGCUGCUGCCCCCCCUGGGCCCCGCUGGCUCCUGGGCACCCCACUGGAGGCCACAGAACUGCCCACUCAGGGCCUGCCCCCAGGAGUACUGGCCUUUGGUGGAGAGAGCCAGCCUCCCCUGGAGGAUCUCACCCAGGAUGCCACAGGGCUGGUGGUGCAGGCUCUGGGCAGGGCUGCCCAUGCCCACCCUUACCAGGCCCUCUCACCCUCAGCAGUCAGCUGUAACAGCCCCCGACUGGCAAGAUCUGAGUCCUGGGGCCAGCGUCUGGCUGGGUUCCUGGCCAAUGCUUCCUUCCACGGUCGGACAGGCCACAUGUGGGUGACGGACACUUCCCAGGUGCACAUCCAGCGCCACUUCCAGGUGUGGAGCCUCUUGCGGGACCCCCGAGGUGCCCCAGCCUGGGUUACUGUGGGCCACUGGCAAGAUGGGAGGCUAGAACCAGCAGCGGGUGGGAUGUGGCCAGGGGCGGGGGGACUUGGAGGACGGAUGCCCCCCCAGUCUCCUCUGUUGGAGAAUGAAGUUGGGCAGCAGAAGCUGCGGGUUGUCACCCUGGUGGAACACCCCUUUGUAUUCACCCGGGAGGUGGAUGAAGACGGGCACUGCCCUGCUGGCCAGCUGUGCCUGGACCCAGGCACCAAUGACUCGGCUGUACUGGGCGAGCUUUUUGCAGCACUAGAUGAGCCAGGCAACAGCUCAGUGCCCCAUGACCUGCGCAAAUGCUGCUACGGGUACUGCAUUGACCUGCUCGAGCGGCUGGCAGAGGACUUACCCUUCACCUUUGAGCUGUACAUCGUGGGGGAUGGCAAGUACGGUGCCUGGCGUGAUGGGCGCUGGACUGGCCUGGUGGGAGACCUCCUUGCAGGCACUGCCCACAUGGCCGUCACCAGCUUCAGCAUCAACUCAGCGCGCAGCCAGGUCAUUGACUUCACCAGCCCCUUCUUCUCCACCAGCCUGGGCAUCCUGGUCCGGACUCGGGACACAGCCUCCCCCAUUGGGGCCUUCAUGUGGCCCUUGCACUGGACCAUGUGGGUGGGUGUCUUCGUGGCCUUGCACCUCACUGCGCUCUUUCUCACCCUUUAUGAGUGGCGCAGCCCCUACGGCAUGACGCCCCAUGGGCGGAAUCGUCUCAAGGUCUUCUCCUACUCCUCUGCCCUCAACCUCUGCUACGCCAUCCUCUUUGGACGCACAGUCUCCAGCAAGACGCCCAAGUGUCCCACGGGACGCUUCCUCAUGAAUCUCUGGGCCAUCUUUGGCCUCCUUGUCCUCUCGAGCUACACGGCCAACUUGGCCGCUGUCAUGGUGGGAGAGAAGACCUUUGAGGAGCUGUCAGGAAUCCAUGACCCCAAGCUCCACCACCCAUCCCAAGGCUUUCGCUUUGGCACCGUGUGGGAGAGCAGUGCAGAGGCCUACAUUAAGAAAAGCUUCCCGGAGAUGGCUGAGUACAUGCGAAGGCAUAACGUGCCCACCACGCCUGAUGGGGUCACCAUGCUCACGACAGACCCUCCAAAGCUCAAUGCCUUUAUCAUGGACAAGUCUCUGCUGGACUACGAGGUCUCCAUUGAUGCUGACUGCAAACUGCUGACUGUGGGGAAGCCAUUUGCCAUUGAAGGCUAUGGGAUCGGCCUGCCUCGGAACUCGCCGCUCACCUCCAACCUGUCCGAGUUCAUCAGUCGUUACAAAUCAUCGGGGUUCAUCGAUCUGUUGCACGACAAAUGGUACAAAAUGGUGCCCUGUGGCAAGAGGGUCAUUGCCGUCACGGAGACUCUGCAGAUGGGCAUCUACCACUUCUCGGGGCUCUUCGUACUACUCUGCUUGGGCCUUGGAUGCGCCCUCCUCACCUCUCUGGGUGAACACAUCUUCUACCGCCUGGUCCUACCUCGGAUCCGCAAGCACACCAGGCUCCAGUACUGGCUGCACACAAGCCAGAAAAUCCAUCGGGCUUUAAAUACUGGCUUAGACCAGCAGAAGAAUCAGAAGCCAGAGCCGGAGCCGGAGCCGGAACCAGAGACCAAGCCAAGCUGCGAUCCCCAGUGUGAGCAGAGCAGUAGGAGCAGUCUUAGGACAACUGUGAAGGGUGAGCGCAGGGUCCGAUUUCAGGAGCCGGAGGUCAAGGGGCCUGACCUUCAGCUCACCAACGGGCGCCUGCCUCAGCAGCAACUGGCAGUGCAGCCAGAAGGACUGCCACAGCCCCCUCCUCUGGCAGCUGCGGGUGACACUACUCCUACCACCCAGAGUGAGCUGAAGGCCCUGGAGCAGAGAAUCGAGGGCAUGCGAGAUCAGCUACGGGCUGCCCUGCUCAGAAAGAGUGAGCUGGUGCUCUUGCUUGGGAGGGACUUGGCCCCCCGCAGCCGGCUCCUGCCGCCUCCCCAGCAGAGCAGCGAAGAGAGGACCUGGAAAAGCAGCCUCCCUGCCUGGAGCAUGUUGGGAGGCAGCAAGUGGGAACUUCGCUCUGCCCAGUGGACAGAGGUGGCGGCGGCAUCGGAGCUCCUGUUUUGCUCUGCUCUGGGCAUUCCUGGCCCAUUUCCUGUCACCCUUUCAGGACACUAUAUCCUGGCUCAUCCUUCACCUGCUGCUGCCCUCAGGCCCCUCCACAAAAUGGAGACCACUUUUAAGUAA